CUGGUUUCCCCGUCUGGGUGGUUGUGGAGGGCGAGCGCCACAGAUAGGUUGACGAGCGGGCUAGGCAGUAGGUUGCUGGUUGCGUCCAGGACGACCGCGGGUUAGUGGGCAGCACAUAUCCACCUGGUCCAUGCCCGCGCCUCCUCCCCUUAUCUCACACACCGCUGCCACGCCGCCUCUGAUUACACUGCUCCCCGCCAUUCUGCUCCCCACAGCCGCCCUGACCUCACCUCACUCACGACACUGAGUCUCCACGUGACUCUCGUGCCGCCCGCGCCCCCACACUCGCACUCCGCCCGUUUAAACCGCUCGCGGCAUCACCCUUGACAGUGCGGCCCGCAGUGACAUGUCCCCCUCCGUGUUCCACCUUAAUUGUGCCGGAUCGUCUACGUGACCUGCCAUUCUCGCGACUUAGAAAAGUUUUCGCCUCGCGCAAGUUGUGCAUGUUAACUACCUGUUGUAUCUUUGCAUUACGUGCGGAUAAGUUAAUUUGUGUUUGAGCAAUGAAGGUCACAUGGUUCACGUUGACAGUGGUGGCCCUCCUGAUGUUAUGGUUUCCUGGACCUCCAACGACUUCGGCGGCCAAUGUUCUUAUGUUGACUCCGAUCGGUUCCCGGUCAGUUCGACAGUUGUUCUCGACGUUGGCGCGGGGACUCGUGGACAGAGGACACCAUGUCACGAUCGUGUCCUGCGGUGAACCUGUGCCUCAUCACCCUAACGUGACCCACGUGCUCACGCCUCACUCCGCCCUCGACCAGAUGGAUCUCUUCGAGGUGCGCGAGAGUGGGGCCGUUUUUAAGCUGUGGAUGAAGGCCUUUCCUGCCGUGGCUCGAGAGAUGUACACCGACAGGAAGGUUAUGGAACUGUGGCACCAUAGGACUGAUUUUGACGCCAUCAUAGUCAACAGCGCUGCUAACGAGAUGGCGUUCCCCUUCCUUCUCGACAUCAAGGUGCCCUUCAUCACUCUGGCUCCCACUGGAACGGAGCCGCUACAACUGGCCUACCUCGGAAACUUCGUGUCGCCGGCUGCUCUGCCGUCAGUAGUUGUACAUUAUGACGACACACUCUCUCUAUGGGAGCGCCUCGUCAAUACCCUGGCGACGGUAGCUAUCAGGUAUUCUUUCCGGCGAACCGUCGGAUACCCCCUUGCGAAUGCCCUUCGAGAAUUCUUCCCUAAUCUUCCGGAUCCUUUUGAAAUCUAUCCGAACCAGUCUCUCUCGCUGCUGAACCGCCACCACCUCCUCGACGGGGCGAUCCCUCUGCUGCCUAACCAAGUGGAGGUCGGGUGCAUGAACUGUCAGCCUGCCCGUCCGCUACCUGAGG